UUACAAUUCAAUUGUGUGAAAAAUUAUUUUUUAAUCAAUAAGCUUUUCGAUUUAUUUACUUUAUUAGAUCCUUUUUGGAAAAUUCGUCGAGAGUGAACGGGGAAUACUUUUGAAAACCGUAUUCGUUACAUACAAAUAUACACAUGCACAUAUAUGUACAUGAAAUAUAGGAUUGUGGAAUAUCGCACAUAAACAGGAGACUACAAAAAAAAAUCCUUAAACAACGGUGCUGAAAAUACUCCAUCAGUUAUCAAUAUAUUAAGGUCAAAAGAAUCAAAUUUGCCAAAUUUUACAUAAAUGACCUAAAUUGUAGUGGGAGCCAAGAACUCUCGGCAACUCACACAACGGUUACCAUCCACAAUUAUGGUUACAGGCUACAUAUUCGACAUCAUCGUAGUGCGCAUAGACACGUCUGCAGAGAAAUUUGAUGAUCCCAAUCAAUUUACCGUCGAUGUAAAUUUCAAUAAUGUCUCGCUUAGCAUCACCGCCAGCCGUAUCAAUGUGGCCGAAUUUCGUUCCGGACGCAGCUAUGAAUUCGAUUCCUCUCCAGAAGAGCUGCGUGCCGACAUGGAUGCUAAUCCUCUCAAAAUGACUGUUAAAUAUGGCAAUGCAAUUGUAGGCUCCGGUGCUAUGAUAUGGCCAGAUUGCGUUCUUAAUAAAAUAGCCGAUUCAGCUGGCGAAAUCACACAUGUCGACGAAUGCGAACUCAUAUUAAAUGGAGAUAAGGUUGGUGCUGUUGAGGUAAUCGUGCGAUUGCAGUGUAAAUGUGAAGAAAAUUGUGAUGACUUUGCGGCAGAUCGCGAUGAUAUUCGACAUCACUUGGACAAGGUUAUCAACCCGCACGAUAUUCUCUUUGUGGUCGGCGAUACGAACAAAGAUGACGAGUGUGCCAGCCUAAUGCCCGGCUCUAAUCAGUCGUGUGAUGGAAAUAGGUUUACCACAGCACUCGACUUGUCACGCUAUCGCGCCAUGAACGGACAGCUGGUUCCAACACCGGAUGUUUUGAACACCUGCGGUAAUACAGAAUGUUGUGAGCUGAAGAAAAUGUCUCACGCUUAUCAAAAGCUGAUCGAUUCCAUAUCAGCAGCAAAUGAUAAGCGCUCCUGUCGUGCAUCAACUCACAUGCGGGAGUGCCCCCAUGAGAAUAAAUUCUCUUCGAGCAGUACUAGAGAUAGUUCAGAUUGCAGAUUUCCAUGUUCCUGCUUUGCUAACCAACAUACGGAAAAUGGCGCCUUCGCCGGUGAAAAACUUAUUAAUAUUUGUCCCCAGGGGGGAGUCAAUACUAAUCAAACGGUCAUGCAUACCCCGAGACACUGCCCCGUCUGCAAGGAGAACAUUUCGUGGCUACCCAAACUCGCCUGCUGUCCAAAAUGUGGUUAUAAGCCAGUGCCGUAUGUGGAGGAGAAGCCAUAUAAUGAAAAAAUGACCGCUGAUCAAGUACUACAAGAGUAUCUGGACAAGCACUCGAGUGGCACCGAUCAGAAGUUAAGUGACUGCUGCCAUGCUGAGAACGGUGAAAUGCCUUCUUCCCCGGACAAGAAAGAAUGUCGGUGUACAUGCAAGAAUGGCAAGAUAUGCGCCCAUUGCCGAAUACGUAAGUUGUGUGAAGAUAUCUUUCAGCCCCCCAAACCGCCCGAGGACCUCGAACAGGAUUGUGGAAAAUGCGAGUCUGAGGAAAUGUUCAACGUAUGCAAGACGAGUAGCAAGGAUUGUCGGCCAUAUCUAGCUCGUGUAUUUUCGGAGCUCAGAGAUUUAUAUGACAUAAAGAAGGCCCAAUAUAAACCAUUUAAGCAAGAUGAAAGAUGUGAAAAAGAAUUGCAGGGAUCAGGGGGUGUGCAAAGGAAGCACGAUCAACGAGAUGUGAAAGCGGGGAAGCAAAAGCAAGAUAUCCAGGAAAGCGAUAAAACACCCAGACAAAAGAAAAAAGGUCAGACUAAAACGGGGCCGAGUGGCACAGAACCCAGAAAAAAAGACAAGAAAGCCUAUACUUAUGGGGGCGAUCGUUUCUUUCCCAAAGAUGAUCGUCACCAGAAAUGUGUUAAUGGAUUCUCCAUCGGUAAAAAGAAUGUGCCACGUAAUAUGGGAUGGUUGUGGAAUUUGGAUACUAGUGGCAAACGACGGGGUUGGAAGCCGGGAGCCAUUCGCAAGCCCAUCAAAGAGAUAAUGAGAUUCUUUUUAAAAGACUACCCAGCCGAUACGAUACGUGUUUCGCAAUACGCCUAUCGCAAUCAAGGCAAAGGCGAUGGGAAGGAAUCGGAGGAAGAGAUGGUACAGCGACCCACAUUGCACAUCUGCAAAAAGAAUGAUGAGUAUUUCAUAACACUGCGCCCACUUAAGGACGCAGAGGCGCUGAAGGAGUGUGCUGAUCCCUACCUCAAUAUGAAACCCAUACAAUUCAAAAUAACUAAAAACCCUUUAGUGGUAGAAAUGAGCAAGUUGAAGCGUUGCCUUAAAGAUAUGGGAUUUGCUAAAUGUACGUGCCAUAAACCGGUAAUUGAGUGUUUUUGUCGGAGUUUCUUGGAUAAGAAGCGUCUAGAGUAUCAGGUUAGCAAGGAAUGCAGAAAGCGUCAAAUAGCCUGUUGUAAUAGCACGUUGGUACUCUCUGAUACUACCGACUCAGAUGUGGAAUUUGAUUUUGGUGUGACACCACCUGCAGGCGUCAUCAAACCUGAACGACUCAAAAAACCUCAUUUGGUAAAUCAUGGCACACAGUACGUAGAGAAUGACUGGAAUAUACAACCGAAGUAUCCAUUGCCACCCAACCGAUUUAUGAAGUCCUACAACUGCGCUACAGGAGCCCAUUACGAUUUCGGUGGUGGUGGAGGUGGUUGGGGCGCCUGGGGUGGAGGCCCCGGUGGUGGUUGGGGUCCCGGCGGAGGAUGGGGUCCUGGAGGGGGUAGAGGUGGUAGGGGCGGUUGGGGCCCUGGCGGUGGUAGAGGUGGUGGAAGAGGUGGCUUCGGUCCUGGCGGUGGUAGAGGAGGACGCGGAGGAUUCGGUGGGGGACCAGGAGGUGGUCCUGGCGGUGCAAUCGGGCCCGACGGCAAACCAUUGCGCGGAGGUGGUGGUGUUGAUAUGAUGAAGUAUCUAAAACAAGGAAAAGGUGGACCUGGUGGCGGAAUGUCUGCAUAUCAGGCGAAACUUCGACGAGAGCAUUUAACCGAAGUUCCUCCACCCUUACUCUGCAUGAUCGAUCGGCGUAGAAAACCGGAUCCAUGUUGUUAUCCAUGCUAUUGUCCAUGUUAUCCAAGUUAUCCAAGUUAUCCUCCAUGUUAUCCGUGCGGCGAUUGUUGUUAUCCGUGUCCAGAACGAAUAUGUUAAAUAAUUCAUUCAUAAAUUCAUAAAAGUAUUAAAAAACUAAAAUGUG